AUGACGUUACUCCUCAGACGAGCGCCUGACAUCGCUGGCAGCUCCUCAUCAGCGGCAGCUUUCGAGAAUCGACACUUUUCGGAACAAACAGGGCAGCAAAAUGGCAGGACUAGCGCACUGGUAACGCCAAUUACCUUGAGGUCGCAACCUUGGAGUGAUCAGGCGUCGGGGCAGAGCACCACGUUCGACGACGUGCCAAUAACCUCGAACAACGAAACGACUGCAAACCUUCCAAGACCAGAGCCGGUCACAAAACGAGAAAGCAGAUUCGCAUCUCUGUUCAUCGCAUUACUGGCCGUCAGCCCUAUGGCUGUCGAAUAUGAUGCAGCGGACCAGCAGACCAUGGAGGCAGCACAGAACGCAUCUGUAAGCGCGACACAACCGGAAGCUCCCAAGAAGACCGAUUAUCCGACAGAAGACGGAAUCAAGAAGUCGGAGAUCCGUAGGACCAAAUGGAGGCGGUUCAAAUACGAAAUGAAACUGAAGAUGAGGAUUACGGGCAAAGCGAAGGGGAAGGAUCGGUGGAAAUGGACGCAGGCGGAGGACAUGGAGUUGGAGGUAUUGAGAUCAGAAGAGCGACACCUAUAUACGGAUAUGGAGAGGCAGAAUAGCAGUUGA